AUGUCGUCAUCAGUGCCAUACGAUCCAUAUGUACCUCCAGAGGAGAGUGCCUCAAGUGCAAACCCGAAUUCCCAGAACAAGACUGCUGCUUUGAGACAAGAGAUCGAUGAUACGGUGGGAAUAAUGAGAGACAACAUCAACAAGGUUGCUGAACGUGGUGAAAGAUUAACCUCCAUUGAGGACAAAGCAGAUAAUUUGGCUAUCUCCGCACAAGGCUUCAAGAGAGGCGCCAACAGAGUCAGAAAGCAAAUGUGGUGGAAGGAUCUAAAAAUGAGGAUGUGUUUAUUCUUGGUCGUUAUUAUCUUACUUGUGGUAAUUAUCGUCCCUAUUGUCGUCCAUUUCAGCUAA